AUGGAUAGUGGGAGGCGUUGUCCUGACGACUCAGAUGAACUCUUCCAGGUAACCAUUGUGGCGGAGGAGAGGAGCAAAUACCUGUACUGGUCACGGGCGCGCCUCCACCAUGUGCUGCAUUUGAGGCCCUUCCUGCGUGCCAUCAUUCAUAACCUCGUCGGGAAGGACAUCACCACCAAGCUGUACUCCCUGAAUGAGCAGCUUGGGGUGGGCAGCACGGGGACAGGGGAGGGGCUGGGGAGGGGUGUGGGGGCACAGGACGUGUGGCGGGGUGGUGUGGUGCAGCGGUCCAUGAGUCUCGACACGGUCCACACGGGCACCAAGGGCUUCGUGCGGUCGCUGGCUUGGCGCGCGUCUCACAGAAGGACGUCAACACAGUACUGCGACAGCCUCAGGUCAUCACCGGGACGGUCUGGGGACGAGUCCAACUCUUCAGACCCAACCCUGCGUGGGAGCUCCCUGCAGCACCACCACGACCUCCACCAGGAGCUACAGGUGCUGGUGGUGGGCAGCGAAUUCAGUCGCAGACAGCAACAGCAACAACAGCAACAGCAGCAGCAACAGCAGCAGCAGCAGCAGCAGCAGCAGCAGCAGCAGCAGCAGCAGCAGCAGCAGGGAGGACUGGCAGCUGGUGGCAGGAAGGGCCAGCGGGACAACGUGGUGAGAUUCCACGGCAUUCCAAACUCGUGAUGGUCUGUGGCAGCACAACACCAAGACCCCAAAGUCUCCCCCCGUGGCUUGUAGCAGCCGGGAUCCUCGUGCAUCGGGAGCCAAGACUCGCCGUGAAGCUGAGGUGGCUGUCAGGACCUUUGCAGACCGUGGCCACAGGUCACCAGUGCAGUGGUUGGGCUAGACAGGCUGGCUGAUGGAUGGACUCUCGUCCCAUUCCUACCCCUUAUCACCUGGUGUAGACGAUAAGAGUCGUUCUAUAUCCUCCACUACCUAUAUAAAAGACAUGUAUGCAUAUAUUUAUAACCCAUCGGUGUACAUGGCAUGUUCCUGUACGUGAUUCCCAGCUCACGUGUGACAGACUGUUCCAAGAGGCCAUAGUGUGGGUGAGGAAGUGAGGAAGGAGCAGAAGGAGGAAGAGGAGGAGGAAGAAGAGGAGGAGGAGGAGGAGGAGGAGGAGGAGGAGGAGGAGGAGGAGGAGGAGGAGGAGGAGGAGGAGGAGGAGGAGGAGGAGGAGGAGGAGGAGGAGGGGGAGGAGGACGAGGAGGAGGAGGAGGACGAGGAGGAGGAGGAGCAGCAGCAGGAGUGUUUGUCAGUCAUUGCUCAGAAAUAAGUGAUUUUUUAGGGGGACUGUUGCAUGAGCUAGAGGAAAGGAGAGACUCAGUGCAGCCUUAUUCAAACGUCAGAAGCCUUUUAGUGAGACUGGACGAGAGCAAGUAGCCUAAGUGGAUCUCAUUCAGAGUGAGAUGAGUUGGAGUUGAGUGUGAGUGUGAUGGGCCUUGGAUAAAGCCUGUGUGUGUGUGUGUGUGUGUGUGUGUGUGUGUGUGUGUGUGUGUGUGUGUGUGUGUGUGUGUGUGUGUGUGUGUCCAUCUUUACACUGCACAAUAUACCUGGAAGUGUAAAUCUCAAUGGAUGUUAUGACUGGUGUGAAUUUCAACAGUUUUUUACGUAUUGGAGGGAGAUGAGAGAGGAGUGCUUGUGUGAUGCAGUGUGCCAAUGUGUACCUGUUAUCAGUCAGUCUUUUGUGUUCCUUCAUCCAGGUGUUCCCUCAUUAGUGGAUCCAAAGGGUGUGCAGGACUUCUUACCUGUUAAUUAAGGGUGGUGAUUUUACCUGUGGGAGUGGGAAUACCUGUGUGUGUGUGUGUGUGUGUGUGUUAGUGACUUCAAUAGUAUCCACACAUUGCAUCCAAACUCCACACACAUUCAAAUAAUAUGUUGAGAAUCUUUUAUCCAAGAUUCUGAAAUGCAGAAACUUCCAAAAAUCAGAAAUCUGAAGUACAUCUGGAUACAAGAUUCUCGACUUCAGAUACACAAUAACACAUGGAGAAGUAAACAUUUCCCAAGGUUAAGACAAGAGGGACCUUUGUCAGACUCCCCACUGUUACACUCACCAGCAGACCCGGCGACUGUCUUUCCAAUACCACCACCCAACCGUACACCGAAGAGCAGCAUGACAGAACUGCUCAGUCCCUCCACCUGAGUCAGUGUUAACUUUCUGCCUUCCUGCGUUUCUUUUAUUUCAGGAGUGUUGCGUCAGUAUGAUGAGUGAAUGUAUGCGUGAGGGAAUGUGUUCUGUGUGUGGGGAUAUGUGUGUGUAUUCUGUAUCGCCUCAUACCUGUGUAGUCGUAGCAUUCAUCUGUAAUUAUAAUGUGGUGGCGGUGUGUAUGUAUGUGUGUAGGGGUGGAUGGGUGUCCUGAGGUGGUGCUACAGAAAGGCAGAACAGAGACCUGGCAAGGUGUGCUUAACAGACACAAUUCCACAGUUAGAAGCACAUGUUGCAGCACUUGCCUCUUCCAAAAGGUAAUGAUAGGUAGUUUUGAAUAUGCAGCAUUUUUUUUGUUAUCUUCAAGCUUCCAUUCAUGUGAUACAAACAACUGCAACAGCCUUAGUGCUGCUCUUUGUCACUGGCAUGGUGCUCCGAACCCAAACUGUUUCAUUGAGGUAUUUGGCAUCAUGACUGAAGAUGUGAUAGGUUCAGGUAAUGGUUAAGUAAGGCAAGUGUGUGAUGUAAAGUGAUGAAGGGUUUUGUCUCUCAAGUUAAGCUUUAUUCAUUUUCUCAUUUUUGUAGGUGUGUGAAAUUAGUUUUAAUUUUUUUCUUUAUAGAUUUGCAGUUUUAAGCAUUUCUAGCAUUGCUUAUCUUCAUUUUAUGCUUCAUGAUUUUCAAAACCAAUAAUUUGCAUUGAAAACAUACACAGAAAGAUCAAAACCAUUUAGUCCAGAUAUUAUAGUGUUUAGAUUCAUAGUUAGAGUGUGACACAGAUUACCCCUGUCUCAUUUCCUACUUUCAGAGACAAAAAAAACUUGACCACUUCAACAGAUUUUUUGCACGAGAAACAAACAGAUCAGCGUAGGUAGAGUUUUAAGACACGAUUCUCACAUUUCUUCCUUUCAGAGGCAAGUGCUGGAACUGUUUCCCCUUAGUGUUGUCAUCCUGUGAGCCGCCUCUUGUCUGCCUGUGUGAAUCUGCAUCUUGUGUCAGUCUGGGUCACGUAAACUAUUUUUUCAGUGCACAGACAUUUGCUUGUGUCUUGUGGCUCAUCUGGUCUUCAGGUUUCCAGUCUUCAGGCCUCAAGGUUAGAGAGAGAGAGUGAGAGGUAGAGUGCGUGUGUACCAAGCAGUGAAUGCAUUAGUUAGUUGCUACUGUUGAUACUGCUACUGCUGCUUUUUCUACUACAGUAUCUCUUUCCUUCUCCCUUUUUAUAUAUACAGUUAUGUAUCAAUAUUUUUUUGGUUAGUGUGGCAUUGUUUUUUUUUGUAUGUAUUGUUAUUACUUAGCUUCCAGAUACUACAAGCAUUGAAACUCUCUCUCUCUCUCUCUCUCUCUCUCUCUCUCUCUCUCUCUCUCUCUCUCUCUCUCUCUCUCUCUCUCUCUCUCUCUCUCUCUCUCUCUCUCUCUCUCUCUCUCUCUCUCUCAUAAUGUAUUAUGUCUUCUCUUUUUUUACUAUAUAUAUAUAUAUAUAUAUAUAUAUAUAUAUAUAUAUAUAUAUAUAUAUAUAUAUAUAUAUAUAUAUAUAUAUAUAUAUAUAUAUAUAUAUAUAUCUGGCUAUCUUUUCUCUCUCUGACUUUUUUUUCACAUAGAUUUGAAUUUUCUUUCAUACAUUCUUUUCUUCUCCCUUGAAUAUUUUUCAUGCGUACAAUCUUACUCCAUCUUCUCUAACUACCUUUAAUUUCUCCUGUAACUUUUUAGCUUCCUUUUCUUUUUUUUUUUAUUUCUCUUACCUUUCUUUUCUACAUUUACUUUCUUUUCUUACUUUUCAAAAUUCUAACUUUUCUUACCAUAAGCGUCUUGUCUUUUUAUUCUCUCUCUCUCUCUCUCUCUCUCUCUCUCUCUCUCUCUCUCUCUCUCUCUCUCUCUCUCUCUCUCUCUCUCUCUCUCUCUCUCUCUCUC